GAAGUUGAAUAAAAACAUGGAGGAUGGAGUGGAUCAAAGAGGCUGCUGUAUUUUUGUGUUCUGAUUUAUCCAAAUAUUACUACUGUUAGUUUGGCUAGCUCGUUGCCUUUCUUGGGAAGAAUUUAAGCAAUAUAUUGUCUCUAGUGACAGGUUCUAGAACUCAGUGACGGUGUUUUAGGCGGCUCGAGGAGGAGCAGCAGCAGCAGCGAUGGAGUGGUUCGGGACUAUAAACUUCCCCAUGUUACCAGACGAAGAAGAGAGCUGCAGUGCCUCUGCCUCUUCUGUACCAAGUAACGGUAGCUUUUACCGCACUUCACUGCAGGUAUUGUGUGGCUAAAUGCCAAUACACUUUUACCAAUUGCCUCGUACUAGACGAAGCAAUUGGGGGAGCUAGGGAGCUAACGUUACGUCAGUCAUCCAGGAAAUAAAGGCUUAUAGCAACUAGCUUAGGCAAGCCCCCCCCCCCGUUGUUAGCUAGCUAGUUAGCCUGCUGCUAGCUAUUCGACACCCUUGCCUGAUGAUCUCUGAUAAUAAUAGCUGCAGUAUGCGAUUAGCUAGCUAACAAGUCAAUUUCAUUACAUGAAGUCAACAAUGGAAACGAGUAUGAGCUAGUACUGUUGAGUCCAUCUGGAAUGACCAGUGCAACUAACGUUAGCUAGCUAGCUUGCCUAAUAAAUCAGACUGUGUGUGAUAACUACCUCUGUAGAUUUCCGUACUGGGAUUCGAAAGAGGCAACUAGCUAGCUCUAGAUGAGUCUGCUAUUUCAGCAGAACGACUCUAGACAUUGUCAUUGCCAGGUUUCACAUCAGCGAGUUUUCGCCGGUUCUUAACUCAGCCAAGAUAGCGCCAUUGUAAUUUGGAGUGGCUUACCAAUAUUACACGGCGAAUUGAUCCAUAGAACACUGUUACACCAUAUACUUCUCAGUAGUACUUGCUGUAUUGUUGCUUUAGCCAGUCAAGCUGUAACUAGCAACAUACUUAGCUAUCCCAGGUAUGUGUGUCAUCUCUAUUCCCUGAAGUAUCCAUACAGUAUUGUCUUGAUAGCUGUAGCUAGUGGGUGGUACAUGUUGUUGUUAUUAUUAUCUUGUUAUGCAAAGCUACACAACCUGUGUUUUUACAUGUCCAGAUGCACAACCAUUGUACACACAUCGCCCUAACAGAGUUAACUGCAAUGCAUCAUCAGGAGGAGGAGAUUUCAGCUGCAAUGGAGGAUGGGCAGUUUUUUGGGAGCCCGGAAAGAUUUUCUGAUAUCAGUAAUAAUAAGCUACUGUCUUCUUAUCCUCUGUGACCAUGGUGGUGUAGAGAGUAUGGCAUCUCUGUCCCAGAGCCAGCAGCAGAAUAUAAUAUAAAGAUGCUUGGAUAUCAGUUGUUCAUAACCUCUUCUCCCCUCUGUGACCCCAGGGUGCAGCUGCAUGUCCAUGGCAUAUUUGUGCCAGAGCCAGCAUCAGUGUGUUAAAGCCUCCAUCAGUUGUUUCAUAACAACCUACUGUUCUUCCUCUCUGUGACCAGGGUGGUGUCGUUGAAGAGGGCAUGGCAUUAAGUAUGGCGUCUGCAUCAGCAGACAGUAUGGCGUCCCUGUGCCAGAGCCAGCAGCAGUGUGUGAAGGCCUCCAUCGUGUCCAGCUGGCAGCUGGUGGAGGCUCAGGACCAGCUGUGUGGGCUGGAGCUACACGGCUCUGAGAGUGUUGAGCAGGAGCGUGCCCGCGCCAUUGCCAGCCAAUCAGAGCUCUCCCAGACGGAACAAGAGUGGCUCCGGAAGGAGAGCAUGCUGGGUGGCAGCAGAAGCCCUGUGCUCAGUGCUGACAGCAGCCGGGACGUGUUUGACAAGGUAACUAUGGAAACCUACACACACAUUGAAACACAAGAUAAACAUACCACAUUAGAUGUCCCUGACAAUAAUAACAGGGAUGCAAACUUGCCACUUUUCGGUGCCAUUUGCCAUUUUUAUCUCAAAAUGGGCAAUCCAUGUGAAUCGUGUAGAUCCGUUUUAAAAUAGAAAAAAAUUGGGGGGUGGGGGGUCUGACAAAGUGCGCAGACAUAGUGUAUCACCCAUUGAGCUAUAAAAGAGAAGCGCGAACAGAUCUUCUCCCUGGGAGAAUCUCAAUUGCAUGCUGAUAAUGGUGCCCUCAACAUGCUGUCAAUGUAAAUAGUAAUGGUGGCCAUUUUUAUUACACUGCUCAAAAAAAUAAAGGGAACACUUAAACAACACAUCCUAGAUCUGAAUUAAUGAAAUAAUCUUAUUAAAUACUUUUUUCUUUACAUAGUUGAAUGUGCUGACAACAAAAUCACACAAAAAUUAUCAAUGGAAAUUAAAUGUAUCAACCCAUGGAGGUCUGGAUUUGGAGUCACCCUCAAAAUUAAAGUGGAAAACCACACUACAGGCUAAUCCAACUUUGAUUUAAUGUCCUUAAAACAAGUCAAAAUGAGGCUCAGUAGUGUGUGUGUGUGGCCUCCACGUGCCUGUAUGACCUCCCUACAACGCCUGGGCAUGCUCCUGAUGAGGUGGCGGAUGGUCUCCUGAGGGAUCUCCUCCCAGACCUGGACUAAAGCAUCCGCCAACUCCUGGACAGUCUGUGGUGCAACGUGGCGUUGGUGGAUGGAGCGAGACAUGAUGUCCCAGAUGUGCUCAAUUGGUUUAAGGUCUGGGGAACGGGCGGGCCAGUCCAUAGCAUCAAUGCCUUCCUCUUGCAGGAACUGCUGACACACUCCAGCCACAUGAGGUCUUGCAUUAGGAGGAACCCAGGGCCAACCGCACCAGCAUAUGGUCUCACAAGGGGUCUGAGGAUCUCAUCUCGGUACCUAAUGGCAGUCAGGCUACCUCUGGCGAGCACAUGGAGGGCUGUGCGGCCCCCCAAAGAAAUGCCACCCCACACCAUGAUUGACCCACCGCCAAACUGGUCAUGCUGGAGGAUGUUGCAGGCAGCAGAACGUUCUCCACGGCAUCUCCAGACUCUGUCACAUGUGCUCAGUGUGAACCUGCUUUCAUCUGUGAAGAGCACAGGGCGCCAGUGGCGAAUUUGCCAAUCUUGGUGUUCUCUGGCAAAUGCCAAACGUCCUGCACGGUGUUGGGCUGUAAGAACAACCCCCACCUGUGGACGUCGGGCCCUCAUACCACCCUCAUGGAGUCUGUUUCUGACUGUUUGAGCAGACACAUGCACAUUUGUGGCCUGCUGGAGGUCAUUUUGCAGGGCUCUGGCAGUGCUCCUCCUGCUCCUCCUUGCACAAAGACAGAGGUAGCAGUCCUGCUGCUGGGUUGUUGCCCUCCUACGGCCUCCUCCACAUCUCCUGAUGUACUGGCCUGUCUCCUGGUAGCGCCUCCAUGCUCUGGACACUACGCUGACAGACACAGCAAACCUUCUUGCCACAGCUCGCAUUGAUGUGCCAUCCUGGAUGAGCUGCACUACCUGAGCCACUUGUGUGGGUUGUAGACUCCGUCUCAUGCUACCACUAGAGUGAAAGCACCGCCAGCAUUCAAAAGUGACCAAAACAUCAGCCAGGAAGCAUAGGAACUGAGAUGUGGUCUGUGGUCACCACCUGCAGAACCACUUCUUUAUUGGGGGUGUCUUGCUAAUUGCCUAUAAUUUCCACCUGUUGUCUAUUCCAUUUGCACAACAGCAUGUGACAUUUAUUGUCAAUCAGUGUUUCUUCCUAAGUGGACAGUUUGAUUUCACAGAAGUGUGAUUGACUUGGAGUUACAUUGUGUUGUUUAAGUGUUCCCUUUAUUUUUUGAGCAGUGUAAUUGUUCAGCAGUCUUAUGGCUUGGGGGUAGAAGCUGUUAAGGAGCCUUUUGUAUCUAGACUUGGUGCUCCGGUACCGCUUGCCGUGCGGUAGCAGAGAGAACAGUCUGACUUGGGUGACUGGAGUCUUUGACAAUUUGGACCUUCCUCUGACACCGCCUAGUAUAUAAGUCCUGGAUGGCAGGAAGCUUGGCCCCAGUGAUGUACUGGGCCGUACGCACGACCCUCUGUAGCGCCUUACUGUCGGAUGCCGAUCAGUUGCCAUACCAGGCGGUGAUGCAACCGGUCAGGAUGCUCUCGAUGGUGCAGCUGUAUAACUUUUUCAGGAUCUGGGGACCCAUGCCAAGUCUUUUCAGUCUCCUGAGGGGGAAAAGGUGUUGUGCUCUCUUCACAACUGUCUUGGUGUGUUUGGACCAUGAUAGUUUGUUGGUGAUGUGGACCCCAAGGAACUUGAAGCUCCUGACCUGCUCCACUACAGCCCUGUCGAUGUGAAUGGGGGCGUGCUCGGCCCUCCUUUUCCUGUAGUCCACGAUCACCUCCUUUGUCUUGUAACAUUGAGGGUGAGGUUGUUGUCCUGGCACCACACUGCCAGGUCUCUGACCUCAUCCCUAUAGGCUACUGUUGUGUCACCAGCAAACUUAAUGAUGUUGUUGGAGUCGUGCUUGGCCACGCAGUCGUGGGUGAACGGAAUACAGGAGGGGACUAAGCACGCACCCCUGAGGGGCCCCCGUGUUGAGGAUCUGCAUUGCAGAUGUUGUUGCCUACCCUUACCACCUGGGGGCGGCCCGUCAAAGUCCAGGAUCCAGUUGCAGAGGGAGGUGUUUAGUCCUAAGGUCCUUAUCUUAGUGAUGAGCUUUGUGGUCACUAUGGUGUUGAACGCUGUGCUGUAGUCAAUGAACAGCAUUCUCACAUAGGUGUUCCUUUUGUCCAGGUGGGAAAGGGCAGUGUGGAGUGCAAUAGAGAUUGUGUCAUCUGUGGAUCUGUUGAGGCGGUAUGCGAAUUGGUGGGUCUAGGUUUUCCAGGAUUAUGGUGUUGAUGUGUGCCAUGACCAGCCUUUUAAAGCACUUCAUGGCUACCGACAUGAGUCCUACAGGACAGUAGUCAUUUAGGCUAUGUGAUCAUACUCUCCGUGAUCGCUUUCUUGGGCACAGGGACUAUGGUGGUCUGCUUGAAACAGACUCGGUCAGGGAAAGGUUGAAAAUGUCAGUAAAGACACUUGCCAGUUGGUCCGUGCAUGCUCUGAGUACACGUCCUGGUAAUCAGUCUGGCCCCGCGGCCUUGUGAAUGUUGACCUGUUUAAAGGUCUUGCUCACAUCUGCUACGGAGAGCAUGAUCACACAGUCGUCCGGAACAGCUGGUGCUCUCAUGCAUGCUUCAGUGUUGCUUGCCUCGAUGCGAGCAUAAAAGGCAUUUAGCUCGUCUGGUAGGCUCACGUCACUGGGCAGCUCGCGGCUGGGUUUCCCUUUGUAGUCCGUAAUAGUUUGCAAGCCCUGCCAUAUUUAUUUAUUUAUUUUUAUUUUACCUUUAUUUAACUAGGCAAGUCAGUUAAGAACAAAUUCUUAUUUACAAUGACGGCCUACACCGGCCAAACCUGGACGACGCUGGGCCAAUUGUGCACCACCCUAUGGGACUCCCAAUCACAGCCGGUUGUGAUACAGCCUGGAAUCGAACCAGGGGCUCUGUAGUGACGCCUCAAGCACUGAGAUGCAGUGCCUUAGACCGCUGCGCCACUCGGGAGCCCUAUAUCCGACGAGCAUCAGAGCCGGUGUAGUAGGAUUCAAUCUUAGUCCUGUAUUGACGCUUUGCCUGUUUGAUGGUUCAUCUGAGGGCAUAGCAGGAUUUCUUCUAAACGUCCAGAUUAGUGUCCCGCUCCUUGAAAGCAGCAGCUCUAGCUUUUAGCUCAGGGCGGAUGUUGCCUGUAAUCCAUGGCUUCUGGUUGGGGUAUGUACGUACUGUCACUGUGGGGACGACGUUGUCAAGGCACUUAAUGAAGCGGUGACUGAUGUGGUAAACUCCUCAAUGCCAUUGGAUGAAUCCCGGAACAUAUUCCAGUCUGUACUAGGAAAACAGUCCUGUAGCAUCAUCUGACCACUUCAGUAUUGAGUGAGUCACUGGUACUUCCUGCUUUCGUUUUUGCUUGUAAGCAGGAAUCAGGAGGAUAUAAUUAUGGUCAGAUUUGCCAAAUGGAGGGCGAGGGAGAACUUUGUGUGUGGAGUAAAGGUGGUCUAGGGUGUUUUUUUUAUUUAUUUCAUUUCUCUGGUUGCACAUGUUACAUGCUGGUAGAAAUUUGAUAAAACGGAUUUAAGUUUGCCUGCAUUAAUGUCCCCGGCCAGUAGGAGCACUGCUUCUGGUUGAGCAUUUUCUUGUUUGCUUAUGGCCUUAUACACCUCGUUGAGUGCGGUCUUAGUGCCAGCAUCGGUUUGUGGUGGUAAAUAGACGGCUACGAAAAAUAUAGAUAAACUCUCCUUGUAGAUAGCGUGGUCUACAGCUUACCUCAAUACUUCUUUAAUAUUAGGCAUCGUGCACCAGCUGUUAUUGACGAAUAGACACACACCCCCACCCCUCGUCUUACAAAGACGUAGCUGCUCUGUCCUGCCGAUUCACGGAAAACCCAGCCAGCUCUAUAUUAUCCGUGUCAUCGUUCAGCCACGAAUUGGUGAAACAUAAGAUAUUACAGUUUUUAAUGUCCCGUUGGUAGGAUGGUCUCGAUCGUAGAUAAUCCAGUUUAUUUUCCAGUGAUUGCACGUUGGCCAAUAGAACGGAUGGUAGAGGCAGCUUACCCACUCGCCGACAAAUUCUCACAAGGCGCCCCGACCUCCGUCCCCUGUAUUUCCGUCUUUUCUUCACGCGAAUGACGGGGAUUUGGGCCUGAUCUUGGGGAAGCAGUAUAUCCUUCGCAUCGGGCUCAUUAAAGACAAUCUCUUUCCAGUUCAAGGUGACUAAUCGCUGUUCUGAUGUCCAGAAGCGCUUUUCAGUCAUAAGAGACUGCAACAUUAUGUACAAAAUAAGUUACAAACAAUGCGAAGAAAAAAAAGAAACGAAAUAGCACAGUUGGUUAGGAGCCCGUAAAACGGGCCUAGCCCGAACCAUGAAAAACAGCCACACACCAUUAUUCCUCCUCCACCAAACUUUACAGUUGGCACUAUGCAUUCGGGCAUGUAGCGUUCUCCUGGCAUCUGCCAAACCCAGAUUCGUCCGUCGGACUGCCAGAUGGUGAAGCGUGAUUCAUCACUCCAGAGAACGCGUUUCCACUGCUUCAGAGUUCAAUGGCAGCGAGCUUUACACCACUCCAGCUGACGCUUGGCAUUGCGCAUGGUGAUCUUAGGCUUGUGUGCGGCUGCUCGGCCAUGAAAACCAAUUUCAUGAAACUCCCGACAGUUAUUGUGCUGACGUUGCGUCCAGAGGCAGUUUGGAACUCGGAAGUGAGUGUUGCAACCGAGGACAGGCGAUUUUUAUGCGCUACGCGCCUCAGCAUUCGGUGGUCCCGUUCUGUGAGCUUGUGUGGCCUACCACUUCGCGGCUGAGCCAUUGUUGCUCCUUGAUUGUAGAUUCUUCAAAGUAGCCACCCUUUUGACAGCUUUGCACACAUUUCCACUUCACAAUAACAGCACUUACAGUUGACCGGGGAAGCUGUAGCAGGGCAGGAAUUUGACGAACUGACUUGUUUGAAAGGUGGCAUCCUAUGACGUUGCCACGUUGAAAGUCACUGAGCUCUUCAGUAAGGCCAUUCUACUGCCAAUGUUUGUCUAUGGAGAUUGCAUGGCUGUGUGCUUGAUUUUAUACACCUGUCAGCAAUGGGUGUGGCUGAAUUAGCCGAAUCCACUCAUUUGAAGGGAUGUCCACAUACUUUGGUGUGUGUACCUCACAAAACAGACCCACUAAAUCUCCCUCAAUGGCCACACCUCAGACUCCGCUGCAAUGAUACAUGGUGUCCCCCAGGGAUCUGUGCUGGGUCCCUUACUCUUCACCUACAUCCUCCUCCUUAGUCAGAUCCUCCGUCACAUCAACCUUGACUUCCAGUGCUAUGCCGAUGACACCCAGAUUUACCUCGGCACCAAAUCCCUCCUCAUCCCACCUCUGACCCACAUUGAAUCCUGCCUCCCUGCAAUAAAAACAUGGAUGCCACAAAACUUCCUCAAAACGGAACUGUUCCUCAUAGGCACCAAAUCCACCCUCACCAAAGUUGGCAACCUCACCAUUGACGACCCCACUGUCUCUCCCUCCAUGCACGCAACUCUGCGUCACCCUGGACUCCACCCUCUCCUUUCACCACCACAUAAGACAGACUGUCAAUGUUGCGGCGGUGGAAGAAUGAGGAUUUGACAAAGUCAGGUCCUCCCUUUCCCAUCCUGCUGCUGAAACCCUCAUACAUUAAUUAAUCUCAGCUUGACUACUGCAACACGCUACUCUUCGGCAUCAUCUCAAGCUCCCUCCAUAAGUUCCAAAUGGUUCCAAACUCUGCAGCCCAACUCCUCACCCACACUAAGUCCUGGCAGCACAUCACCCCUGUCCUCCGUGAACUCCACUGGCUCCCUGUCUCCCAACACAUUGAUUACAAGAUCCUCCUUCUGACCUACAAAACCCUUCACCACCUCUCAGACCUUCUCCCCUACCAACCCACACGCUCACUCUGUUCCACCACAGCAGGCCACCUUGUCAUCCCCAGUCGAAGUUCCAGAGCUUAGGCGACAGGGCCUUCUCCUAGGCUCUGGAACUCCCUCCAUUCAGCCAUCCGUGACGAGUCCAUCACGAUCUUUCAGUCCCUCCUAAAGCCCCACCUCUUUGACAAGGCCUACCCUUAAGCCUUUGACAAGGCCUACACUUAAGCCCAAAAAUACUGAAUAGCAGUUUGGCUUUGAAUACUGACACCACUGCAAAUGCAAACAAAUGAAUGCAAACAGAACAAAACAGCGGUACCAAGUAGGCCUAGUAAACAAAAUGUCAGAUCGAUGAAGGUCUAUAUUUAGGCUAGCUACAUUAACAGUAAACAAAUGCAGUAAACAAAAGGCAAAUGGAGAUCCAAAUAACCAAAACACAGCCUACUACAGUGAGAUGAAGCCAUGUACAGUUGUCUUGCCAAACAAAUAGCCCUAUAGGCUCGCUUCAGACAUGGAAAAUCAUGCCGCUCAUGAGUACAGCAACAGGUUGUGAUAUGGCACAAUACACUUCUGUGGAUUAAAUUAGACCCGGGUAAUCAAUUAAGCAAUGCUAGCCUACCACAAACAUGUUUCCAGAGUAUUGAGAUUGUUCAAAUAUGUAUUAUGUACUUGUUAUUCUCUGAAAAUAUGCAAAAAAAAUGUUUCCUUUUUGGACCCUUGCCAGUUUGCAUCCCUGAUAAUAUACAAUUGCGAUUCGCCCUAACAGUCUGGAGAAAGAUUACAUGUGUAUCUCCUUGAUUCCUUAUCAAAACACAUUGGAGGAGGAGGAUGUGAGGAAUAAAGUGUUAUGGACUCGGUGUUUCUCUUCUCUUUCUCCUAUAGAGUAUUAUUAAUGCAAAAAGUAAAAACGUUGAAUUGGAAGAUCACGACAAGAGCAAAACAUUUGUUCAGAAGUAUGAACAAGAAUUUAGACAUUUCGGUGAGUGAAAGGUUUCAUCUAUAGCUUGGUUUAAUAUUGAAUUAUGCAGAUCCAUGGAUUGUAAUAGCUGAUGUCACUAGUGUGGAGUACGGGCUGGGUGUGGAUGUGGUAUUGGUCCGAUGUCUCUAUUGUGAUUGGUCAGGCAUGUUGCGGAGGUGGGAUGACAGCCAGCGCUUCCUGUCUGACCUGCCUCACCUCAUCUGUGAGGAGACAGCCAACUACCUGAUCCUCUGGUGCUUCAGACUACAGGCUGAAGAGGUCAGAACAAUCACACGUACACUGUUCUGUGAAUUUAUUUGCUACUAGUAUUUGAUAAAAUAUAUUGUAUCUAACAGCCAAUGUCAUCCUUAUGUUUCCUGUCCAGAGUUGAUGCAUAAACAGUUUUUUAUUUUUUUUAUUUGUAAUUUACAAUGAGCAUUUAUUUUCAGCAUGAGAUUUGUAUAAAUGCCUUGAAUUUGUACGAGGUUUUAUCAAUAAGGCCCACCAGAGGGUGCUAUUCCAUAUGUAUUCACAGUGAGUCAAGGCUGGACCUCCUGCUUAAAUGCCCCCAUCAGUGGAGUGGAUCUGGGCUGUAGUUCCGGCUGUCCUCCAGUCAUUCUGCCAUCUUAAUUGCUGCCAUCUUAGUAGGGAUGUCUGGCGCCAUUAUCGAGGUGUUUUCACCCCACCUCGACAGCUACUCACUGGAAUAAUGGGGGGGGCAACAUGUGGAAACUAGGUUGAACUCACUGUCUGCAUACAGUCAGUUGUUUCUAAUGUAUAAUAAGCACUCCAUAUUUCAAUAUCAACCACAGUAUUUCAGUUGGUCACUGGGGCAUCUAUUUGAGACUGCUAAUGUGCCUUUCAUUCCCCUCCCCAUAGUGCUAUGAGACUCGGUCAAAAGUAGUGCACUAUUAAGUGAAUAGGGUGUCAGAAUCUGGUGAAAGGCCUCAUCUCCCCCUACCCUCACCCCCUGCUCAAGGGCAUAUCAACAGAUUUUUCACCUAAUCAGCUCGGGGAUUUGAACCAGCGACCUUUCGCUUACUGGCCUAACACUCUUAACAAGCUAGGCUACCUGCCGCCCCGAUAUUAGAGGUUGUUGUAACAGUGAAAGGUUCCAUCCUGUCCCCUUUCCCCUGCCAGAAAGAGGCCUUUAAAAUAUACAGUACCAGUCAAAAGUUUGGACACCUAUUCAUUCAAGGGUUUUUCUUUUAUACAUUGUAGAAUAAUAGUGAAGCCAUCAACCUGAAAUAACACACAUGGAAUCAUGUAGUAAUCAAAAAAGUGUUAAACAAAUCAAAAUAUAUUUUAGAUUGUAGAUUCUUCAAAGUAGCCACCCUUUUGACAGCUUUGCACACUCUUGGCGUUCUCUCAACCAGCUUCAUGAGGCAGUCACCUGGAAUACAUUUCAAUUAACAGGUGUGCCUUGUUAAAAGUUAAUUGUGGAAUUCCUUUCCUUCUUAAUGCGUUUGAGCCAAUCAGUUGUGUUGUGACAAGGUAGGGGUGGUAUACAGAAGAUAGUCCUAUUUGGUAAAAGACCAAGUCCAUAUUAUGGCAAGAACAGCUCAAAUAAUUGAUUUUGUUUAACACUUUCUUGGUUACUACAUGAUUCCAUAUGUGUUAUUUCAUAGUUUUGAUGUCUUCACUAUUAUUCUACAAUGUAGAAAAUAGUAAAAAUAAAGAAAAACCUGGAAUGAGUAGGUGUGUCCAAACCUUUGACUGGUACUGUGUAUAUAUUUUUACAGUUCAGGUUUACAAACAUUUUACUUUAUAGUAUAGCCUACACAGACUUGAUUUGUGUUAUACAGAUGAAUUCACAUUUUCCCCCUUUCUGAUAUUAUUUUCAAUGUUUUUAUUCAACCACAGAAAGAGGCGUUGAUGGAGCAGGUAGCUCACCAGGCUGUUGUUAUGCAGUUUAUCUUGGAGAUGGCCAGCACCUCCCAGCAGGACCCCAGAGGCUGCUUCCGUCAGUUCUUCCACAAAGCCAAAGUAAGCCUCUCUCUCUAUCCUGGGCCCGGUUUUUGAUGGUGAUGGAACUUAUGCUAACAAGUGUUUUUUUAACAAUGCAUCGUAAAAAUAACGGGCAACGAACUCGCACCCAUUUCCCAAAAGACCACGCGGUACACUCGUUACAAAGUAAAACUUAACUGUGUCGUUACAGGAGCUGUUCUGUGCUGAAAAUGAUUCCAGGAUAUAGGCGUAAGAGCUCGCUGUAGCUCUUGAAUGAUUUAUGGCUAUUCAGUCUUUUUUUUCUUUUUUUUAAUCCUUUUUUUUUUUUCUCACAAUUUUCCCAUCAAGAGAAUAAAUGCUCUGUAGCCUAUUAUGUAUUUGUUUGUAUUAUAUGUUUGCCUUGUGUUAUGUAAUCUAAGUGUUUUCUUAUGCUAUUUUGUAUGCAAUGUUUAUGUAAAUUCUGCAUUUCUUCCAUUUGUGUAAACUGUGAGCGAGAAUGAUUUGAAGUCAAGUUCGCUAUAGAAAAUAUCAAUGUGACCUAAAAAUAAGAUAUGAUGACAAUGGUUUUUGUAAUUGCUCAACAAAUCAUUGUAUCCUAAUGGCAGGCAGGAAUUGAGCUUCAAGUAGGGCUACAGAUAUUCUACAAUUAAAUAAUUAAACCAUUAAAAUAAUUAAACCUGAUGUAGCAAGUUAAGCUUUGUCAUUGACCUAAUAUGUUGGCCUUUAGGUUAUUGGUUAGGCUACUGUGAAAUGCGUGAGCUUUUAGAUAAUGGUAGCCUAUAAGCCUAAUGGAUACGAAUAUUGAAGCGGCUCAUGUGUAGCCUAAUGGCUUGAUAUUAGGUAGGUAUAUCGAUUGCACAUACAUCAGGGAUGGGCAACUGGUGGCCCCCUUUUUGUAGGUCCUUUUUAUUUUUGGGGGGAACUCGUCGGUCUCAACAUACUGUUCAGAGUAAGAAUAAUAGAAUACACAAGGUGCAAUUUUGAAAUUUGGUUGUGCAUCAGCAGGCACUCAAUUAGCCCAUGUCAGCAUUUAUUUAUUGGUAAAUGAGUCUAGUGGCCAGAAAAACUAGUAAGCAUGGUCUAAUUACCGACCGGCGUGGGGCCGGUUAUCAUAUCAGUUAUCAUAUUAAAAACUGCAAACAUUUGCCUCCACCCUAUGGAAAAAUGUGUAGAAUUGCAGGAAAGUUACUUUAAAACAAAAAAACGGUUCUCUUCGCUGUCACAAGGGGGGCCGCUAAAAUAUUUUGCUAGCGAGGUGGGAUAGCUGGAUGUGGGUACGCUGACCCACUGGUGCCCCUCAUGAUGAGUUCUGCUUGUUUGUGGCCUCCAACCCAUCAAAGUGGCCCAUCCCUGACAUGCAUGAAAGUGAUGUCAAUAUUUUGCCUAAUAAUCUAGCUAUUAUAUAAUUUGGUUGUCUCGUUUUCAUGAAGAAAUGUAUCCUUGCUUUGCUUGUUUAUAACAUUGCAAAAUGUUUAGGCUAUUUACACUGAGUGUACAAAACUCUUUCCAUGACAGACUGACCAGGUGAAAGCUAUGAUUCCUUAUUGAUGUCACCUGUUAAAUCGACUCCAAUCAGUGUAGAUGAAGGGGAGGAGACGGUUUUGGGAAAUGGCUUGGAAAUCAGCCUUGGUCUGUCUGCUGAGUCACUGUCGCGUCAUUAUACCAUAAAGUAAUUUUAAGAAACAUUGUUCACCCACCGUCUAACCAGUUGUUAUUGAUAAGCUAGGUUAAGGAAUGAUCAAACUUUUACAUUGUAAUUUAUUGACCAAACUUGUUUUUACUGGUUAUGUUAUUAUGUAACUAACAUGUAAUUCACAAAAAAAAUGGUUUGCUGGAAGAAGGAAGGUGUACGGACAGUGAUGUAAUGUGGUCAGAUGACCACUAGCGAGACAGGAGUCAAGACAAAGAUUCCUACAACACAAGGCAAUGAUAUACAGCUACAUGAUUUCAUGCCAAAACACUGUUGCAUUCAUGUCAAAACAUUGUAAGCAUUUCUGUGUGAUUGCCAGUCUGACAUUUUGAUACGAUUCUAAGUUCCUUCUGUAAACAGAAGCUGUAUGGUUUCAUGCCAAAAUACGUUGCGUUUCUCAUCUGUAAACAUUUAUCUAUAACUGACACUGUUUUAAUAUGCCAUUUAGAAGACAUUUGUUGCAUCUCAGUUAUGAUUCCAUGUUCCUCUUGUCAACAGAGAAUGAUCAAGUGAAUAUACUUUAAUGCUGUUGCCAUUUCUUUCUAUGUAAGGCAGGACAAGAGGGGUACUUAGAUGUCUUCCAUACUGAGCUAGAGGCCUUUAAGCAGAGAGUAAAAGAGUACACUGUCAAGUCCAAAGGAGAGACACUCCCUAACGAUACAGAGCACCAGAGCAGCACAGCACGCUGUCGUCUGGACCCCAAAGAAGUUCUAGAAUCUUUACCCCCUGUAAGUAUUCGGAAUGGCAUCAUUUACACGUAUGGAAAGUUUGAAACAUUAUUUUUUAGUAGACCUUAAUUCAAAGGUAUUUUAGAAGCUGUACGUUCUGAUAUAGGACCGUAUAUAUUCACAAAGUAGUACAUAUGUAUGAUUCUAUUCCUAUCAUUCUGGAACAGGAACUGAAGUCGGGGUUCCAGCUGCAAGACAUGCAGAUUCUCCAGAAUGUUCUCGGCACCAUGAAUCCACAGGUAUUGGCUACAGUUCUCACUACAGUUUCCACAGAGUCAGACACUUACUGUAGGCCUACAUGAGAAUCAGAUCUGUUUAUUCAGCCACACAUAUUAUUUGUUGAUUUAAAAAAAUUUCUUAUAUGAACAUUGAUUGAGAUAACAGAUGGAAAUAUCCCAAGAUACCAUAACCCAAGUUCAUGCUCAAGUUCAAGCUGUGCGCUCUGUUUUUUAAACCAAAAGUAAAUUAACAGUCAGUGCAUUGCUUUAGAACAUAAUUCCUUUCUGGAGAGCGAGUGGGAGGGAGUGAGAGUUAAAGAAUGAGAUCACCCCUAACUGGCCAUCUAAAGUCUGACUUCCUGCCAAAUCCUAACAGACGGAGGGAAAAUAAACAAAUGUCCUCUCCUCCUCCACAAAUUAUACUUAGUUAGCAGCAAGGGCUUAGUUGGAAGUCUAGAUGUGGGCCAAUUAACUCCUGUUACAUAAGCAUUAUAAUCUGCUUGAGCAGCACAGUGUGUUAAUCCCUAUUUGCAUCCCAAAUGGCACCCUUUUCCCUAUAUAGUGCAUGACUUUUGACCAGAGCCCUUGGUCAAAAGUAGUUCACUAUAUAGGGAAUAGGGUGUUAUUUGUACUUUCACUCAGAGCAGACGGGUCUACUCUCCAACCCUCUCCCCCACAGGCUCACGAAGCGCUGGGCCUCUAUUCACAAAGAGUCUCCGAGUAGGAGUGCUGCUGAUAUAGGAUCAGUUUAGCCUCUUAGAUCAUAAUGAAUGAGAUUAUAUGGACGGGGUUGGACCUGAUACUAGAUCAGCACUCCUAUUCUGAGAUGCUUGUUAAAUACGGGCCCUGGAGAGUUGUUCACUGGAGUUAAACAUGGCAGACUCCUUUUAGAUUGAGUGCUGCUGAAAGAUGUUACUACGGUGAACUUGGCGAUCGGGAGUUAUCAGUGUUAGCUAUCAGAUACCCCACAGAGCAGGUUGAUCAGGGUCGCAAACUACACUUCCAAGGGAGCAAAGUGAACAUAGAAAUGAACUUAUUGUAUAAGUGUGUCUGCUUUCUUCUUUAGAUGAGUUAUGCCUAUCUAUACUGCAAUAAAUUGCAUUAUUAUUUUUGAAUUCUCUCGUGAGUUGAAGUUGCCCUUACAUGCUGUCUCUGUUUGUACCACCAGGUGGCAGAGUACCAUGUGAAGCGCUGUCUGGAGGCUGGCUUGUGGACUAACAGAGAAGGGAGAUGGUCCAAGGAGGACACUACUGUAGAAACAGACGAGCUGCGCAUGAUGGAGACAUAA